CAUAUAUCAUAAUUCAUAAAUUUACAACUGCAAGUCCAUGGCGUUGGGUUUGAGGCGUCGAACAAUUUUAGUUCUCAAUUCAUAGUUGUAGCGAAUAUAUAUAUUUAAGUUGUUUUACUUUUAUUUGAUAUGUACAUAGAUAUAGUUUUGGAAGUCUAGACUAACGCUAGGAUCUAUUUCGUUUGCACUAUUUAAGAAACAACAGCAAGAUGAAUGAUGAAAAUGCAGAGAUUGACUGGGGUAAUGAGAGGUUAAGCCGAGCCCAACGCGCGGUUGAAGCGAACACGUAUGAUGUUGAUUCGUGGUCUCUCUUGAUACGCGAAGCCCAAACCCGGCCUAUAAAUGAGGUCAGAACGAUGUAUGAGAAGCUCAUUACAGCUUUCCCAACAACAGGGAGGUAUUGGAAGAUUUAUAUCGAACAGGAGAUGAAAGCGAGAAAUUUUGAGAAGGUCGAAAAGUUGUUUCAGAGGUGUCUCAUGAAGAUUCUAAACAUUGAACUGUGGAGGCUAUACCUAAACUACGUUAAGGAGACCAAGUGCAUGUUGCCGACAUACAAAGAGAAAAUGGCGCAGGCCUACGACUUCGCGUUGGACAAAAUAGGUCUGGACAUACACGCGUACCCUAUAUGGAACGAUUACGUAACAUUCUUGAAGGCUGUCGAGGCUGUUGGCUCUUACGCUGAGAACCAGAAGAUAUCAGCCGUUAGGAAGGUAUACCAGAGGGCGGUCAUUACCCCGAUAAUAGGUAUUGAGACGCUGUGGAAAGACUACAUCGCUUUCGAACAAGGAAUCAACACUAUCAUAGCUGAGCGUAUGGCUAUGGAGCGAUCACGGGAAUAUAUGAACGCGAGGAGAGUAGCCAAAGAAUUGGAGACGGUCACCAGGGGCUUGAAUAGGAACAUGCCCGCCACCCCGCCCACCGCAGACAGGGAGGAGAUGAAGCAGGUGGAGUUGUGGAAGAAGUACAUAUCCUGGGAGCGCUCCAACCCUCUCAGGUCGGAGGAUACCGCUCUCGUGGCCAGGCGGGUGAUGUUCGCUAUAGAACAGUGUCUGCUAUGUCUGGCCCACCACCCGGAUGUAUGGCAUCAGGCGGCGCAGUUCCUCGACCAUUCAUCUAAAUUACUGCAAGAAAAGGGGGAUUCGACAGCCGCCCGUCUGUUCUCCGAGGAGGCCGGUGCCGUUUACGAGAGAGCCACAUCCGGUCCGCUCAAACAUUCCACCUUACUGCACUUCGCUCACGCCGACUAUGAGGAGAGUCGGCUGCAUUACAACAAGGUACACCAGGUAUACACUCGCUAUCUGGAUAUGGCGGACAUCGAACCCACGCUGGCCUACGUUCAAUAUAUGAAGUUUGCGAGACGAGCUGAAGGUAUCAAGUCGGCUAGGACGGUGUUCAAACGAGCCAGGGAAGACCCGAGAUCCCGUUACCACGUGUUCGUGGCGGCCGCCCUCAUGGAGUACUACUGCUCCAAAGACAAGAACAUUGCUUUCAGGAUAUUUGAGUUAGGCCUCAAGAAGUUCUCCCACAUUCCGGAGUAUGUGUUGUGCUACAUCGACUACCUGUCACAUUUGAACGAGGAUAACAACACCCGCGUGUUGUUCGAGCGCGUCCUGUCAUCUGGAUGUCUGAAGCCGGAGAGUUCUGUUGAUAUCUGGAAUAGAUUCCUGGAAUUUGAAUCCAAUAUUGGGGACCUCGUCAGUAUAGUGAAGGUUGAGAAACGGAGGCAGGCGGUUCUGGAAAAGAUCAAAGAGUUUGAGGGUAAGGAGACGGCUCAGCUCGUGGACAGAUACAAGUUCCUGGAUCUCUACCCCUGUACUAUAGCUGAACUCAAGUCCAUAGGAUACACAGAGGUAGCAUCAAUGUCUAACAAGUCCUGGGCUCUCGGAGGACCGCUUGCUGGCAUCUCACCAGAAUUGGCCGCUGUGAUACUAGGACAGAAAGACAAUGAUCCGAACAAGGACAUAGUUCGUCCAGACACAAGUCAAAUGAUACCCUACAAGCCAAAAUCCAACCCACUGCCCGGAGAGCAUCCCAUACCGGGCGGUUCCUUCCCGCUGCCUCCCGCGGCCGCCGCCCUGUGCACGGCGAUGCCUCCCCCCUCCAGCUACAGAGGACCCUUCGUGGCGGUGGACAUGCUGAUAGCACUCUUCAACAGGAUCACACUACCCGACAAACCCGCUGCCCCGACCAAUGAGAACGGCUGUGACACCAAACUGUUUGAGCUGGCUCGCUCCGUCCACUGGAUCAUGGACGAUGACACCACCAAGAAUAAUACGGCUCGCAGAAGGAAGCUGGGUUCGGACUCGGAUGACGACGAGCUGGGCGCGCCGCCGCCUCUCAACGACGUCUACAGACAGCGACAACAGAAGAGAGUCAAGUGAACUAUAUAUAUAAUGAUUUUUAAUA